AGUAUUGUACCCGUGAAUGUACCUAUGAGGCUAUGCUCAGAUGGCUAACUCUACUUUCAUGUAUUCUCCUGACCGCGCUGCACGGAAAUAUCGUCGAAGACGUCGGCGCCGCACAACAGGCUAGCUAUCCACCCCCACCACCACCGUUCCCGUUCAAUGUGAUUGUUAUUCUGCCGAAGCGGGAGUCGACGUACGACAAUUUUGGAAUGACUCUACAAAAGGCGAUGCCAGUUAUCGAUAUUGCCGUGCAAGAAGUUAUCAAAGCGAAGAAGCUUCCUCCCGGAUGGAUCAAUUUGACAUAUUGGGAUUCUCGUCUUUAUGAGGAUAUUCUUCUAGCUGAACGACAUGCGACUGUUGGAGUUAUUCAAGCAUACUGUGAACAUCGACUCGACGCAAUUCUUGGAUUUGCUGACAACUAUGGAUUAGCUACAGUAACCAAGGUGACGGCGGGACUGAAUGGUGGUAUCCCAAUAUUAACGACUUCUGGAAUGCCAUCCUUGUUAAAUUCAAAGAAAGAAUAUCCAUUUUUGACUAGAAUGCAAGGAAGUUACCGUCUUUUGGCUGAUUCCAUGUAUCAACUAAUUGCCUAUCAUGAUGAGGAUUCGGUGUCCAAGUCGAAUUCGUCUCUCAACUACCUCAAUUUAAUAUUUUUCUAUCACGAUAAACGUCGUGCAGUCAAUCGGGUAAUUGCACAAGAUGAAAGUCAGGAGACAGGUGCAACGUCGUCACAUUGUUACUUCUCGCUGUACGCCAUUAAACGUUAUUUCACUGAAAAAAGUAAGACGUUCAAGAGGGAAUGGGCGCUGAACACUCCGCAAUUUCCGUUCGACGAGGACUUGGUCAUCGAGAGGGAAACGUUUAAACAGUGGCUGCGAGAAAUUUCGUUACAGUCGAAUGUGAUUAUCCUAUGUGCAUCACCGGAUACUGUACGUGAAAUAAUGUUGGCUGCUCAUGAUCUUGGAAUGGCGACAAGUGGUGAAUAUGUAUUCAUUAAUAUCGAUGUUUCAACGGGAUCACACGCCGAACAACCAUGGAUUCGAGCAAAUGACACGAAUAAUGAGGAGAACGAGAAAGCAAAAGAAGCAUAUCGAGCAUUGAAAACAAUUUCAUUGAGACGAUCCGAUUUGGAUGAAUAUAAGAAUUUUGAACUUCGAGUCAAAGAACGAGCAGAUCAAAAAUAUAAUUAUACGAAUAUCACCGGAAAAGAUUAUGAGAUGAACAAUUUCAUCAGUGCAUUUUACGAUGCGGUUCUUCUCUAUGCCAUUGCUCUAAAUGAGACAAUUCAAUCAGGUCUUGAUCCACGAAAUGGACAUAAUAUCACGUCACGAAUGUGGGGACGAACAUUUGUCGGAAUUACUGGAAAUGUAUCGAUUGAUCACAAUGGUGAUAGGUAUUCGGAUUAUUCUCUACUCGAUUUGGAUCCCGUUCAGAAUAGAUUUGUGGAAGUAGCCUACUACAGUGGAGCAUCAAAUCAACUAAAAACUGUGGGACAACUGCAUUGGGUUGGCGGAAAACCUCCAACAGAUCUACCUAUAUGUGGUUACGAUAAGAGCAAGUGUCCGGGUUAUCCACUUCAUGUCUAUCUUCUAAUGGGUUCAUUCCUCCUAAUUCUCGUCCUUGUCGGUCUAUUCAUCUUCUUCUGGCGUCGCUACAAACUUGAACAAGAGCUCGCCGCGAUGAGCUGGAAGAUUCGAUGGGAAGAGCUGGAUGGUGAAGAGAGUCAAAAGAAGAAUGAAAAGAAGAAGGCGAAGAAAAGGAAAAAUCAUAACGAUUAUCUACCUGAAUCUGAUCCAUUAUUAAGAUCCACAUCGAGGUCGUCAGUGAAUUCGGACAAGUUCGACGAGGACAGUUUGAUUCCAAUCAGAUUUCGUCUGAGAUCGUCCAGCUCGGGAACAACUCGUAAAAUCUCAGCGAUGAUUGAUCGAAAGUUGAGCAUUUUCACGCGAAAAAAGAGCACACCACCAUCUGAAUCACAAAAGAACGGAGGACUCACACCGAAUUCGCUUCAAAAAGCGGAAAAUGGAGAUUGUUCACCGAUUAAUGAAGUUCAAUUCAGACUUCCAUUAAAUGAUCGGAGAGUAUCAUCACCAUCAUCAGAAGCGACGAGGAAAAAGAAUAGUAAUGAAGAAGAUCCGGAGAAUGGUGCAAAGAAAAGUUUGAGCUUGAAAAAUCGAAAACUCAGCUUUGGAAUGGUUUCAUUCAAGAGUGGAAGUGGUGGAUCAGUGGAAACAAUUGCUCAAAAUAAUACGCAAAUAUACACGAAAACGGCAAUAUUCAAGGGAGUUGUUGUGGCGAUCAAGAAGUUGAAUAUAGAUCCAAAGAAGUAUCCACGUCUUGAUUUAUCACGUGCUCAAUUGAUGGAAUUAAAAAAGAUGAAGGAUCUUCAACAUGAUCAUAUUACGAGAUUCACCGGAGCAUGUAUCGAUUUUCCACAUUAUUGUGUAGUAACUGAAUACUGUCCGAAAGGUUCAUUGGAAGAUAUAUUGGAAAAUGAAAAAAUCGAAUUGGACAAACUGAUGAAGUACUCACUACUUCACGAUUUGGUUAAGGGUCUAUUCUUCCUGCACAAUAGUGAAAUUCGAUCUCACGGACGUCUGAAAUCAUCGAAUUGUGUCGUUGACAGUCGAUUUGUGCUGAAAGUCACCGAUUUCGGACUUCACAGGCUUCAUUGUUUAGAAGAAAUUAAUUUGGAAGAAAUUGGAGAGCACGCGUAUUAUAAAAAAAUGCUGUGGACGGCUCCAGAAUUGCUCCGAGAUUCGAAUGCUCCACCAAUGGGAACCCAGAAGGGUGAUAUCUAUUCAUUUGCAAUUAUUUUGCAUGAAAUGAUGUUCCGGAAGGGAGUUUUCGCAUUGGAGAAUGAGGAUUUAUCACCGAAUGAAAUAGUGCAACGGGUACGAAAACCAGUAUCAGAAGAUCAAGAACCACUUCGACCGUGGGUAUCAGAAACUGGUGAAGGUGAAGGUGAUGAUGCAUUAAAUGAUACAUUAUUAUCAUUAAUGGUUGCAUGUUGGUCUGAAGAUCCACAUGAACGGCCUGAAGUAUCAUCUGUUCGAAAAGCGGUUCGAAGUUUGAAUCGAGAUAAUGAAACAUCGAAUCUUGUGGAUAAUUUACUCAAAAGAAUGGAACAAUAUGCUAAUAAUUUGGAAGGUCUUGUUGAGGAACGCACGCAAGAAUAUUUGGCGGAAAAGAAAAAGGUAGAAGAACUUCUUCAUCAACUUCUUCCACCUGCAAUCGCCGACACUUUAAUUGCUGGACGAGCUGUUCAAGCUGAAUCGUAUGAUUGUGUAACUAUCUACUUUUCUGAUAUUGUCGGAUUCACAUCACUAUCAUCACAAUCAACACCAAUGCAAGUGGUCACAUUACUCAAUGAUUUAUAUUUGGCAUUUGAUGGAGUUGUAGACAAUUUCAAAGUAUAUAAAGUUGAGACUAUUGGUGAUGCAUACAUGGUAGUAUCUGGAUUACCAGAACGACGAGAUGAUCAUGCUAAUCAAAUAGCUCAAAUGUCACUAUCAUUAUUGCAUAAAGUUAAGAAUUUUGUGAUUCGACAUCGACCUCAUGAACAGCUCAAACUUCGUAUCGGAAUGCAUUCAGGAUCCGUUGUGGCAGGAGUCGUAGGUUCAAAAAUGCCUCGAUACUGUCUUUUCGGAGAUACUGUGAACACUUCGAGUCGAAUGGAAAGCAAUGGAUUACCUCUCAAAAUCCACGUGUCACAACAAACGUACGAUAUUCUGAUGCAAGAAGCGGGCUUUAAACUCGAACUACGAGGUUCAGUUGAGAUGAAAGGCAAAGGAAUGCAGACUACUUAUUGGUUACGAGGUUACAAAGACGUUGAGAUUCCCGAUUUUGGCGAAGAAUUUGCAUAGUAGUUCUACAUUCAUUAUCAUCUACUACUUAUUAUAUAUAAUUUUAUUAUAUGGUUUCACUUUUUUUUGUUUAAAUUUCGCUGCUUCACAAUCACCACCACCUUCUUCUUGUUCUAGCGGGUUCAUCUUCUUAUAUGUGUAUCAGGUAUUCCACAAAACAAUUCAUGUUCUUUUUUUUCUUUCGUCUGAAAUUUGUUUUAUUAGCGUUUCAUUUUCUCCCUUUUUCUGCUGCUGCUGCUGCGUCUCGCAUAGAAAAUCAACUGUUAGAAGAGAGAGAGAGUAAGUACAAGUCACAGGGAAUUCGAAGAUUUUGUGUGGAAAUCCAUGGAAAUUGUACAGUGGCGCCAGGACGGGCUCUGGCUGGGUAACCAUCUCCAUCUCGUCCUGGUGCCACUGUACUACCACCCAUUUGUUUUUUUGGUCAAACAUUCCAUUUCAACAUUUUCUAGAUCUGUUUUAUCUAAUUUUCCGGUUUUUUUUGCUCUUUUUUUGUUGCUAAAAACACCAAAAAUCUAUCCGUUUUCUCUCGUUUUUUUUCGUCUCACUGAAAAAAUUUGAUCGACUCACCCACUUUUUUUUGUCGCCCAUUGUGUUCUGUUUCCCGUGAGAAAAUCAUCGGUUGCCAUUUUCUGUUUUUUUUUCUUCCAUUUUUCCAACUUUUUUCCCCUUCCCCCAAACAUUGUUUCUUUCCCACCUCAAAUUUCCAAUUGAUUCGAUAAAUUUUAUCGAUUUU